AGGAGCGAGAAAGAGAGAGAGAGAGAGGAAAUAGGGAGCAACGCUUACAGGCACACAUUGAGCGACAGACAGCGGGGAAAGAAGAGAAGGACAGACAGACAAAGAGAAUAAACGUAUGGACAGACGGAGAGUGGAGGAUUUUCAGAGCCAGUGAGCCUGACAAGAAAAGUGGACAACCACUGUGCCCCUGAAAAGAGUGAGUGAAGGAGGGAGAGAAAAGGGGAGGGAGGAGGGCUGUGCAGACAGAAGAUGAGCGAGAGGUGAGAUGGAGGGAUCUGCAAAAGUUGAGGGACCAAAAUAGCUCAUGGACCGUGGACAGUUUUGUAACAGUCGUGUGAGAAUUGUGGAGACAAUAAAGCAUGUACUGUACCUGCAGUACAGAGUAGUGUAGGUUUUGGUUUGGCCACAUACAGUUCUAGAACAUGGAGCUACAAUUCUGUAAAAGAGGUGAACGAUUUUGAACUUUGAAGUUUUGGGAGGCAAGUACUGACAAAUGAGAAGGAUGAGAGAAAGACAGAUAGACUGAAAGAGAAAAAUUAAGAAGUGGUAGAAGUGAGACAAAAACAGAAACCAAGAGAGGGGGCCAAAGGGUAAGAGAGAGAGAGAGACACACACACACACACACACACUGUACAGCGUGACGAACGAACAGAUGAGAGUGGAGUAGCGAGUGGAACAGAGGAAAGAGAGAGGGAUCAAGAGAGAGAGAAAGAGGGAGGGAGAAAGAGAGUGACAAACAGGGAGUAAGAGAGAAAAAAACAGGGCACUGUAAACUACAGGAAGCCACCGUGUCAAACAAACAGGGGACUAGAAGACCUCCAGUCCAGAACCAGCCACCAGCCUCCAGUCUCCAUUGACUUCAGGGAGUUGCAACGCCUGCUGGACAGCAUGUCGGCGAGCCCUGGGCCUCGUGACUCAGACCUACUGCUGUUGGAACUCCAGGCCCCAGGGCCGGUGGGACUGCAGACACUGUUGGACCUGCUAGUGGGGGUGUACCAAGAGUUCCGCUUCUCACCCCUUGCCAGGGAGAAGUACGUUGCGGGCUUCCUGCAGUGGGUGGAGCCCCUGGUGAGGCAGGUGAAGAAGACGCGUAUCAAGAGGGAUGACUUCCACAUCUUGAAGGUGAUUGGUCGAGGGACCUUCAGUGAGGUGGCUGUGGCGAGGAUGCGUAGCACACAGCAAGUGUACGCCCUGAAGAUUAUGAAUAAGUGGGACAUGCUGAAGCGAGGAGAGACAGCUUGUUACCAAGAGGAGAGAGAGGUUCUGCUGAAGGGCGAUCGACGCUGGAUCACUGAGCUGCACUACGCCUUCCAGGAUGACAAUUACCUGUACCUGGUGAUGGACUACUACGUGGGUGGUGACCUGUUGACCCUGCUCAGUAAGUUUGGCGACCGUAUCCCUGAGGACAUGGCGCAGUUCUACCUGGCUGAGAUGGUCAUGGCCAUUGACUCCAUCCACAGGAUGGGCUAUGUGCACAGGGACAUCAAACCUGACAACAUCCUGCUGACGGCAGAGGGCCACAUCAGGCUGGGGGACUUUGGUUCCUGUCUGAGGGUCCAGGAGGAUGGCAUGGUGCACUCGUCCUUGGCAGUAGGCACACCCGACUACCUGUCCCCAGAGAUCCUGCGUGCAGUGGAGGGAGGGGGAGGCUAUGGCCCUGAGUGUGACUGGUGGGCCCUGGGGGUUUGUGCCUACGAGAUGCUGCAGGGGACCACGCCCUUCUACGCAGAGUCCAUCUCGGAGACCUAUGCCAAGAUCAUGAACUUCCAGGAGCACUUUGAGUUCCCCCCAUCUGGCCCCGAGGUUUCAAACAUGGCCCGUUCCCUCAUCAUGGGGCUGAUCUGUGAGAGGGAGGAUCGUAUGGGGGCUGGGGGCUCUGGAGACUUCAGGGGCCACCCUUUCUUCUGUGGACUAGAUUGGGGUUCCCUGCAUGAACUUCCAGCACCCUUCGAACCUGAAGUCUCCAACGCCACUGACACCUCCAACUUUGACGUGUUGGACGACUGCCUCAGUGAAAUGGAAACACUGAGUGACGUGAUGGACAGGGCCCCUAUCGGUGUUCACCUGGCUUUCGUUGGCUACUCCUACACAGCUACAAGACAGACAGGUGCGUUGGACCGCAGUUGUGACAUCAUGAUGGAGAUUGACCACCAGCGGCAUCAAGGGUUGCCAAGCCUCAAUUUCCAGGACAAGCUGAGUCAGAUGUGGCAGCUCAGAGACGCUCUGACAUCUACUGACAGCCUGCCUACCCUUCUUGAGCUCCCCCUAGCCUUGGAGCAGGGUACUGCAGAGUCCACUCACACCACGAUAGAGGAGGACGAGGAGGAGACAGACCAGAAUUCAGGACUUGAUGAGGACCUGCACAGACGGCUACAAGAGGCAGAGAAGAGGAAUGGAGAUCUGGAGAAAGAGAUGGAGAGUCUAAGGGUGGAGAUCGGGGGCCUGAAGUCCUCCAAGGAGACAGAACUGCGUGUCUGCCCGUCGUCUCUUUCUCUGCCUGCCCACUGUCUGGACAAUACGAGUGCGGCAUGCUGUGCUGUGCUGUGCUGUGACUCGCACACAAAAAAAGGCUGCAUCUAUACCACGGCCUGCAAUCCUGUUCAGUGGCUGACUGUGAGUGUGUUUCAGGGAAAAAGAUCACCCCCUGCCUGUCACUACCCGCUGGUGAUCCCUCUCCACCGCCACCUGCUGCUCUUCCACAGGGUGCGCUGGCCACAGGAGAGGACUGAGUCCUACCUGUUAGUGUGUGCGGAGGGGGGAGAGCCCCAAGCCUGGGACAGACACUGCUGUGCUGAAAUCUCCUGAACCCCCCCACCCCCACCCUCACUAUAGUGGGGAAUGACAGACUUCUCUAUUCCACCGAGGAGUCCUAUUACAGUAUCUUGGAAUGAGAGAGUUUUGAGUAUGGUGGGUGGGUGCUAAAGACAAUGCUACUCAUGGCACUGAGCAGAGUACUGGGGCAUAAAUAAACUGAGAGCAAUGGGGACAGCAGAACUGGAAACUUGCAGGAAGUUGGACAGACAUGGGAAAGCUAAUGACUGUCACUAGAAGGAAUGAGGAGAAGAAAAUAAUGAAAUGAAGGACAUCUCCUAAACUACCAAUGGGACAGAGGUAAAAGUGAACACUGAAAACAAAGAAGACACCAUAGAAAAAAUACAUUGCUGGUUUGAGUGACAGCCAGGGGGGGCCAAUCAGCAUCCUCCAUAAGCCAACACUCUCCAGCCCACCUGGACAUUGAUGCAUUUUGCCCAAUAUUAGUGGCAUGACUUAUUAACAGCACCAUCUAAUGGUUAUUUACUGUUUGAGUUCUCCAUUGUACUUUGUAUCUAUGCUUCUAAGAGUGGAUUGUG